CGGAAUAGCUGGCAGUGGGCACGGCAGCAUCACAAAGAUGUAGCCUUCAAAUCCGUUCCUGUUUAUUCUACAAAUAGGCUUCCUGCUGUUCCCCACGGGCCCUACACCGGCGUGUUACGAGCUACAACCAUCAUCUCGAGCUGCUUCUAUCGGGGACAAGUAUCUGCUGAUGCACCCAGCCUCAGUUGAUGAAAGCUACCGGCAUUUCCAUGAUGGCGCUGGUGUCACAUCGACAGAUACCCUUGGAUUACCGAUGACGACACCAUGGAGCGACCCUAUAAAGCAGGACGCAUACGGCACAGCUGGCAGUGGGCACGGCAGCAUCACAAAGAUGCAGCCUUCAAAUCCGUUCCUGUUUAUUCUACAAAUAGGCUUCCUGCUGUUCCCCACGGGCCCUACACCGGCGUGCUACGAGCUAUAACCAUCAUCUCGAGCUGCUUCUAUCGGGGACAAGUAUCUGCUGAUGCACCCAGCCACAGUUGAUGAAAGCUACCGGCCUUUCCAUGAUGGCGCUGGUGUCACAUCGACAGAUAUGCUUGGAUUACCGAUGACGACACCAUGGAGCGACCCUAUAAAGCAGGACGCAUACGGCACAGCUGGCAGUGGGCACGGCAGCAUCACAAAGAUGCAGCCUUCAAAUCCGGUCCUGUUUAUUCUACAGCGGAUGCGAAGCGGCCCGCAUCAUCGGCCCAUCGUCUUCGGCCAUGCGCGAAGCGCUGUGGUGGAGGAGGCCCGGGCUGCUAGAGCGCCGAGAGUCCAGGGCUCGACCCUCGUCGGUGUCCGGCCCAGCUGUGGCGACCACCAAGGGCUCUUCUUCUCCAACAGCCUCGGCCAAGGCGAAGGCCGGGAACCCUGAAGCGCCCGGUGAGGUGGCGCACUCCGGCGACACGGCAUCAUCCAAGGCACAGCAGUCGGUCAGGUCACCGCGGGGAGCCAGGCAGUACGACGUCCCGCAGAUCGAGUGUCCGAGCGCGGAGGACGGAAUGGAGCGGUUCGCGUGCCCUUCGCCAGACCGGAUGGGGCGGUACCGGUGCAUCGACGACCACGUCCUGUGCGACGGAUUCAUCGACUGUCCUCAGGGCGAGGAUGAGGACCGAAUGUCUUGCAUGUUCUACAAGACGACAAAGGCUCACCUGGACGUGCUAGCAGACGCACUGCUAAGGUGGGCCCGGGGCCGCUACUGAACACCAGCCCGCGUCAGGCCGAGUUCGCCCGACCAAAGGUCAACGCAACGCCCGGCGCGUUCGAGGUCGUGCCUGGAGAGGCCACGCCGAGCAGCAGCAGCCCUCGCCGCACCGUCUCCUUUCGGGUGACGCGGCGCGCCUCUCCGGAUUCGAGCUUUGCCCCCCGUGUGACGAGACAGCCCGCUGCCGUUCGUUCCCUCGUUCCGGAGAACGGCAUCCCGACCCGACGCGAGGACGACUCGCCCCCUGGAGAUGCACGUUCAACCGGUGGCUUCGCUCGCUCUUUGAGCCGGAAAAGUGCCAGGCGGCGCCAGUGAUUCGACCCUUGUUUUGAACGGCUCUUCUUUAAGGGCAUCAGUUUCAACGCGAGCUGGAUAGGCCGAAUGAAAGGAAGGUGGCGAAAAAAAAUUAAAAUCCGGCGCACAAACUAUUACUGCUGUUUCCACGUUACGUCGCUGUUCAGCGUAUUAACGUUAUAAGCAGUGCAAAAGGUCCUAAAGCUCCUAGCAUUGAAGCACCGCACGAAAGUAAUCGUUUCAAAAAGUCAUUUCUGGUCCUCCUCUGUCAGUGUGCUUGCUCUUAGAAGGUAAUAAAUUAAUUAUGCGCUCCUCGAGUGCA